GAUCUGCUAAACAACACAAUGACAACACAGUGAGGCGCCCGGGACACAGAGAUGGGUUCCAGUCGGCGGAGAAGCGCGGCGUGUGUUCGGUCCAGAGCAGCGGUGAUGCCUCUCCAAACGCGCCCGCUUUCGGAGCCGGGGUCCGCGGCACAGGCUCUGCGGGAGCUGCCGUGCUGGAUGCGGUUGUACUUCUACGGGAUGCACGGUGUGACUCUGGACGUUCUGUUGUCCUCUCUUCAGAGGGUCUUCAAAGACCGUGACCCGAAGCUGAUGGGCUUCUCCUCCGUGUAUCUGGGCAUUGCGCACUCGCUUUGCCAUCUGGCUCUGGAGAAACUGUAUGCACAGAGAAGGAGCUUCCCAGGGCGGCCUGUGCUCUUUCACAUGGUGGUGUACCCCUCCAUCUACAUCGGACUGCAGGUUCUCAUCGGGGGUAUUCAUGCUCUCACGUGGAGCUCAGAGGAGUCAGUCCCACACCUGUCCCCUCACAUGUCCCCCUCUGGACUGCUGUCUCAGCUGCUGCUGCAGUACCUCGUUGCCCUGUACUUCUCUCAGGUGUUUCACAGAGGCCUGUCCCAGCUGCAGUAUGGGCCCUUAUGCGUAUCUCCUGUGAAGAGCAGGGGCCCUCCAUGGGGCCUGCCUGGGUUCUUCCACUUCCUGUUUUUUGGGAUGCAUGGUUUUCUGGACGAGGUUGUGUUCACGUCUGUGUUUAACCUGGUGGAGAAGGGAGACCAGAGCCUGAGUGGGUACACGUCGCUGUGGUCCUUUGUGAUAUAUGGAAGCUGUAGUUUUGCGGUGGAGAAGCUCUACCUGCACCUCCACUUCACUCGGGGCUGGGGGACCUUGAGGAGGGUGCCUGUGUAUGUGUGUGUGCUCUACAGCUGGGAGCUGAGCUGGGGGCUGUUGCUCCGACCGUUCGGGGCAUGCUCCUGGGACUACUCGCACUAUCCCUUGCACUUCAUUGGGCUGGUGACACCGCUGUACCUGCCUCUGUGGGUGUGCCUCAGCCUCUACCAGGAUGUCCUGACAAACGUGCUGCUCCGGACCAAGUGCACCAAAGAGCCUUGCCAGCUGAAUGAACAGACACAGCCCACAGCCCCCAAGAAACUCACAUAACUGUUAUGUAACUACUGAGCAUGAGGAUCAGAAAAGUGUUUAAAUCUAUAAAUUCUAAUAGACACUUAAAUGCUGGAUUCACUGUGAUCAGAUCAAGUAUCACACAUAUCAUUUUUACAGCAGAAAUAAGGACUUUAUGAAAGUUUUAUACUGCAAUUCACAGUUUACAUUUGCUAAGACUAAGCAGAUUCUUUACACAACUUGAGAUGAAAUUUGUAUUUGUUUUCUGUAGAGCAUAAUGUAAUCUAUGACACUUUUGACAUUAGACCAAAUGACUUACUUUCAUUCUAAAAUUAAUACAAUAAUACAAGUAGCAUUAAUGACUCAUUUCAGUCACGUUUAAACCAAAAUAGUAAUACAAAUUAUUUAAGUUAACUUGUACUGCCGUUGUUAAAGAAAAAAAAAAAAAAUCAUGUUAUGCACUGUGAGCUUUUUGCACAUAAUGUCACUGUCAGUAACUAUUUAUUUUACACCUGUUUAAAUGCCUUAACCAUUUUCUUGCUUUGAAAAACUUGUUUCUUGUAUUUGGCGUUCACAGUCCAGUUAAUAAAUUGUUCACCUGUCAGUGACCACUGGAUGACCACUCCACACAGUACAUAAUGUAGCAGCGGUGGACAGUUGGUUUUGCUGUGAAUCUUUGAUGACAAACGCUGAGUGCCUUCCUGUGUAAACUGACUCUGUCCUUUCCACUAAACCAGUACUGCCACUCUACACAUGGACUUCAUCUGCUUCAGGAACAACUGCAUUCAACAAACACACACGUUUAGCUUUUUCAUACAAGCUCAACUACCAUAUUUUGCUAUAAAUUUUGACUACCAAUGUUUCAAAAUGCAGUUGUCUCGUUAAAGAUAUUUUGCCUCUCAUCCAAAAGAUUUUGUCUGAUUCUGAUUCAAUAUCUGUCAAAUAAUUUCUUAUGUUUAUCUGUUUUGUUUCAUAUGUUUUUGGGGGUUUGUUUGCUUUUUUUUUUCAAUGAAUAGCAUGUCCUCUAUGAAUCAAAUGAAAAGAUUAGCAUUGUAAAUUAUGACAAUAAAUAUACUGAAUAUUUUCCAAGAAACAAAGUUUGGACAACUCAAUUUGUGAAUCAAAAAUCAUGCAAAAGGUAAAUGUAAAAGUUGUCUCAAUAUCUGCAGUGCCACAACCAUCGGCCAAACGGACUCAGAUUAUUUGGCGCAUGUUUACACAUACCAAAUAUCUCUGUAGAUGCGUUGUUUUGGCAGAUCCAGGUUUCAUAAUUUGUAUUUCCUGAACCAUAACUGGAACUUUCAUUGUUGUGCACUUUGUGACUUCCCCUAAGUAUUAAACAUUUCACAGAGAUUUUAACUUGGUUUGCAACUGCAUGAGCUGUAGGACUUGAAUAAAUUAUGCUAACAUUU